GAUGUCUGUUGUGCACAUCAAGCACAGCGAAAAAUAAACGGAUCGAUUCAUUAUUUGAAAAGCGGUUGAAAAGGCUAAUAGAAAGGGCAACAAAAUACUUCGUCUAUAGUCGUGAAUGGAAAGAAAAAUGGAUUGCAAAAAACAAGAGAUUAUAGGAUGCCAUGUGCAAAAAACUCUACUCCUCUAUUUUUCGAUGUGCCGAGUGCGAUUGUUGUUGUAUUAAUUUUGAUUUGCAUCCUUUGUAAAUAAAGAAACCCAGCAGCAGGUCCACUUUUUUCAAUGUGCUUCGUUCAAGCGGCAGAAUCAAUAGCAUUAAGAAUAGAAGCUGUAAGAAGAUGUCUUCUACGACUGCGCCAACGUCCGCCUUCCGAUGUGCUGUGCGAAUCAGACCCAAGCUUGGUCGGGAAGUAGCGAGUCCCGAGUGCGUUUUCGUUUCUGCUAACAAUACAGUGCUGGUCGAAGACCCUGAAACCGGUGAUGGCAGAGAGUUUGUCAGCGUUCCGCUACUCGUUCCACCCGACAGCACUCAGGAACAGACAGCUGAGAAGCUACAAGUGGAGUACUGCUUUUGACGUUGGUGCGGUUAAGUACCUUUGAUUACGAUUUUUAAGAGAAAUAAUUUUAGGUUAAUAUGAUUUACCGGCAUUAGCUGUGAACUUUAGGGUUCCUGUCAAUGUAGAGUAACCGUGUUGAUGGCUUAGAAGUAUUGAAGCUCAGAAGAAGUCUACGGCUCCGUUUGUACCACUGAGGUCUCUCGUCGAUGCGGUAUUGAAUGGUUAUCAUGGGACUGUGAUUGCCUAUGGACAAACGGGCUCGGGUAAAACGCAUACCCUUUUGGGUGGUUCUAAUCAGCUUGACGGCUUGGUUCCUAGAUGCAUAGAGCAACUCUACAAGAAGAGAAAUCGAGACAACGGCACGCACCGACGUGUAAGAGCGUCGUUCUUGGAAAUCAGCAAUGCUGUCGGCCUUGUCAACGAAGUUGUGACCGACCUGCUGGACACGUCGAAAGCAGGGUUGCAGGUACUGCUGUUUUACCUGCAAGCUUCUUCCCCGUGUGGCUAGCCGCAUCGUGUUCCGAAGACCAAUUCUUCUAAGUAGUUUUCGACAUUCAUACUUUCGACAACGUCCUUCCAGGUGCGCCACAGUGAAACGGGUGUUCCGUUUGUCUCCGAUUUGACCUGCGUUGAGUGCGAUACUGUUGAAGAUGCUUUGUGUGUUUUGCAGGAGGGCGCCAAAUAUCGACGCACGAGCAAGACAGAACUCAAUGAGCGAAGUUCUCGCAGCCACUCAAUCUUUACGUUGUAUGUGGAAGGAGGUACUACACGGUUAUUCGAUUAGCACUAGAACACAAAUGUGAUUAUCAGGAAUGCAAAGCUAGUUUAAGAUUCCACAUCAAGAUUUUUAUAGUGAACACUACUGAGAGGUGAAAUGCAAAAACAAAUGCCUAGGCAGAAAAUAAACGCUGUCCAUGCCAGAACAGGCGGAGUAUCUUCAAAAUGACUUGAUUCAGGUUCUCGCUAUGCGAAGUUUCAGUUUGUCGAUUUAGCUGGCAGCGAGAGGAUAAAGACUUCAAAAGCACAAGGGGAGCAGUUACUGGAGGCGCAAACGAUAAACAAGUCCCUCUUCACGCUAGGACAGGUGUUUGAUGAUAAAAUGUCAUUGUCUUCAACGCUAAUGGGAGCAGCUGGAUGAACGACGACUUCCUGACUUUGAACUCAAUAUCAAGCGAGAACAGGAGGAUUCUUCGAGGUGCUAGGCUUAGACCGCUCCGGUGAUCACAUCCUGAAUUUUUGCUUUUGACAAAGGAAUAUGACCUCCAGCCACGACAUGAUGACCCUCGUGGUUACUUAGGUCGAACUAAACAACACGAUUGAUUUUCCAGGUUAUUCUGGCACUGUCCUCUGCGAAUGGGUUGAGCAAGAACGGACAGCACAUUCCUUACAGGAACAGCCGGUUGACGGAGCUAUUGUCGGACGCGUUCGGGGGAAAUUCGUAUACGGUCUUUAUCACCUGUAUUUCACCAGUAUUUGCGGAAGAGUCGAUCCAUAGUUUGUCCUAUGUAACGAGAGCGCUGAAUAUCGAGAAUCGGCCCCGGAAAAAUACGUUGUUGAACAACAAUGCUUCGCCACAAAGGCAGCGGAACAACCACCCUCAAGGGGGUAGUAGCAGUUCUUCGAGUGCUUCCGGAAUCUCGAAGUUGCAGCUGGAGCAGCUGCGGAAUGAAAUCACGGCAGAUUUGUUGCGUGCCCAGCCUCUUUCGUCGUCGGCCUCGAGCUCGGCUACUGGAACCAUGAGCUCGCUCGUGCAGCCUGGGCACUUCGCCGGCGGGGCACCUUUGCUGGGAGGUGGCGCGGCUGGUGGAGCUAUCAAUUACUCGAGUGCACUGACAGCGGCGGUUGCUGGGACGCCGAGUCUGCCUUCAGGGCAGCAGGGUCGUAUGCUCAGGCUACUGCAAGCGAAUAUGUUCUCGAUCAUGUCUGGCAUGCUGCAAGACGCGGCUGCAAAGUUGGCAAGCGGGGAGGCGGAGCCUUCUUGGCCAGGCACUGCGCGCGAGCCGCACCAGGGGGCGACGGCCGCCGCGCAGUUGAUUCCGCCGCGCGCUCCCGCCCUCGGGCAUCCCGUUCCUGCCACCGCAGGCGGGCUGGUUUCGCAUGUCGUUGGAGGAGUUGACGAUGGUGGCGGAGACGCAAACAGUGUAAGUCAGGGAGCCGGAGGGAGCAAGCGCGACGAUUCGCAUUCUUUGGUGGAACAAGCAAUGGCCAGUGUUCGCGAGGCGCUUCCACCAGAGCCGCAUGAGGCGGGUUUGAACGACACUAAUCUUGGCCUGAAGAACAACGACUUGCGAGAUCUGAGCUUGCUCAAUGGAGCGCUCCACGAUGCCCCCGCUGCAGUCGAGGCGGAUGAGGAACCCUAUGAAGCAGUAGUCCGUCGCAUCCGCGAAGAGCACAGUCGAUUGAAGGCAGGAGUCGCACAGUUGCAGCAAGCAGUUCCAGAGGGCACGCCUGCCGAAAGGGGAAGUGCUGCAGGUUCCAGUGCUUCGGCGAGCUCGUCCUCUAGCUCAGCGUUCGCAGAGAGUAGCAACGGCGGUGGCGGUAGGAUAAAGCAGACUCCUGCUGCGCCACCUGGUGGGGGCAUUAUGCGUCCAACAUCAUUCUCAUCCGCGAAACAGAGUCAGCGUGCAGCGUCCCAUCCCGUAUCCGGAAAUGGUCCAACUGCGUCGUCGAGUGCGAGUAGCGCCGCACCGAAGAAGUCACGGAGGUCAACAAGCAAACCGACGUUGGCUCGGCUUCCGCUGCGAGAAGAGCGGGCGGAGUCUCCAGUAGUAGUAGCAACGGCCCAGAAGGUGCGAUUAGGUGGGCCACCGCCGCUGCCAGACGAGAUAGAGGCGCGGCCAUACAUUGCGGGGAAAGCCGGCCUGGACGGUGUCGGAACUCCCUGCAGCAGUAACGUUGAGCAAGGAAAGCGGGCUGCGCUUAAAGCAGUGGAGCAACAAGGCGAGAAGAGAAGAGCGCGGCGAGACAGCACACCGAGUCUGCCGGCAAUCGACACCGCUCGCAGUGGCCGCCCAUCAGCACGGAACGCGAGUAAGGAAAGCUCAAGUUCACACACAUCGAAAAAUUCCUACAGCGGCUAUGCGCGCAGGCGACAGACCAGAGCUGGUGAUAAGACGGCGCCAAGGGAGCAACAGGACGUCGUGAAGUGGACGAAAUCGCGACCCGGAGGUCGAGAUACAGAGAACAAGUCUGGCGGCGCCGCGGCACCCUUGCCACCGCCUUCCGAGAAGCCGCGGCGCGGCGUGCGACCUACCAGCCAAGGCGGGAGGCCGGCAUCAGGGAACGCUUUGGGACUAGACGUGGGCGAGACCUCAGCUGCAGCGGGAGUUGUGAAUGCUCCCUCAACCUCGGCAACCACGAUUGAAGAUGGCACGAUUGUGCCUCCGCUCUUUGCCGAUGCAGCGGAGUCGAUACUUGGGGGAGUCGAUGCAAGUAGGGCAACCGACGUUGGCGCGGCGCAUCUAUUGGCAGGCGCGGGAACGCCAGGGUGCCCUGGAGGUUUUCCCAUGCAGUCAGUGACGGAAGCAGACCCGGCCGCAGAGCGCGGGAGUGCUGCAAGUACACUCGUAUUGGAGCGGGCGGUCUUGUCAGGGGCAGCAAAUGCGGAGACUCGCCACGACAGACAAUUGUCGUACAGUCCGCAAGAUGACGUGGCGUCAAGUGCGAGGAGCCCUAAGGCCUUCUCCUCGACUCCGCCAAAGCUCAGUAGCAGUGAUGUCGAAGUGCGGGAUGCAGGCCAAGGAGGGCAGCUUCCGGUGGAUAGUGCUGGACGGCAUACUUUUUCAAGGCAAGCAGGCGGCUCGUCGGCACGCAAGUCGUUCUUCCAUGGUCUGCAACUCAAUCCGGGAGACACGCUGUCAGCCAAAGUGAACCACUCGACAAGUGGGGAGCAGCAGAUGAGUACCAGUGGCAUCGAUAAUAGUGGCCAUCACCCUGCUCGUGACGAGCUCGAAGCCGCACCGGUAUUGGCUUCUUCCAGCAGCAUAGCCUCUCCCCAGAGAAGCAAGACAUCCAGCGAUCUACAGGAUCCGGUCAGCCAUUUUUCGAUUCCGGAAGAAUCGCCUCCGCGACUCUCUUCUCCGCCUGAAGGUUCUCCGCCGGAUGGUUCUCAACUGAGGAGGAAGCACAACCCAGCACCCGCGGGAGGUCUGCAGCCGCCUUCGUUAGUUCUGACGGGUACUUCGUCGGCUACCAGUAGCAAAGCCGGGAUCGGUCAGACGGCGGGACGCAUAUUGUCGCAUCUAGUGAAACAAGGUGGAAAAAUAAUCGGCGGUUGUAAACAGAAGAGGGAAGAGGAAUUGAGUCAGAUGCUGCUUGCCUCACCCUUCAUCGCGGACGAUGCGGGUGCUCUCGCCACCAACAAGAAGCAGCACUUUGUUGCGGGAGGAAUUGUCGCUCCACCGGCUCCUCGGACGCCGAAUCUCGAAGGAGUGCUGGCCUCGUACAAGGCGCCGCGACUCUCAUCGUUUUACUCUCCCACACGAGCCUCGCUAGAAAGCCAGUGGCGGGGGAGUGAGCCGCGCUCUGCGCUACUCAACAAGGCCGCUUUGCCUGGGACUCUUGCCUCGCCAAAUAUCGCAGCGGGACUGCGAAUGCAAGGACCUCCUCAACCGGCAGCUAGUCUGACGAGUGCGUCUUCGAUUUCGACACGCAACAACCCCUCCAACACGCGGGCGGUCACAACGCUCGCGGCGCAGCUGCUAAGACAGCGAGGCAUCGUGGAUUCGCAGAACCGGGUGAUAGCCCCAACGCAGCGGCCGCCCGCAGCAGUCACACGCACAUCCGGCGGAGCUUUUUCCGGCGUUUAUGUGUCUCCGAAAACGGGUCGCAGUUCCCUAGUCAGUUUUCAGGACGAAGAGAACCAUCCCUAUCUUGUCAGCGAUGAGGUACUACAGGUUGCAAGCAGUCGUGUCCCGCAGAAAAGCCGAGGGCCACAAAUAAUUUCGAGCUCGGUCGACGCCUCUUCGUCCAUGUUACGCGGCAGCGUGGCAAAAGAGGACGUCGCGCAACAGCACCAUUCUCCAGGCGGGGUCAAAACCAGCGCACGCAGUGUCUUUGAGGCAUAUCCUGAGUUUAGUGACGUCGAACUAUACUCGCCAACAGCCUCUCCCCCACCCGGGCCAGGAGCGCGCGACGCUGCACUACCGACACAUACGACUGAAGGGCUCUCCGCAGGUAUCGGAGUUGUGCAACGACCAUCUGCUUCAGCGUCCUCUUCUGGUGCUGUCCACUCAAAAAUGGGUGAUCAGCAAAGAUUUUCCGAUGGCAAGGCGACGAGUUUAGCAGAGGUAGGCCUGAAAGAUCUGAAGGCGAUGGAAGAGUACAUCAGCGGACUGGAAAGGCGUCUGAACACUGCGCUAGACACAGCACGCACGCCAAAAUCCGCAUUGCCUCCGGAAAUCGCAGUCAAUUGAAACUGAAAUGUAAGAGGACUUUUAGAUGAAGGUAAGACUUUGCAGCUGGUUUUACGGUUUUGUUAGAAGCGGAGUUUAAACACCAUGUACUCAUACUUCCUGUUCUUUUUUCUUUUUUUGACUGGUUGCUCGGCACUGAAAGUGAACAUUAUAUUGCCUCGUUUCUUGUUGACCUGGUUUCAGCCGAUUCUGCGUUUUGUUGUUUUGAUUUUGAGGAUUGACCUUCAUGUUACAGAUACGAGUUGAGUUUGAAAAUUUGUUCAAAGGAAUUCUUGAUUUCGAAUCUACAGGUCGCUGUGAUAGUUUUACGCUUGACAUUUUCUGCGCACGUGAGAGAUCGCGACAAGCACUGUGGUAGUUUCUUGCAAUAGCAAGGCGAAAGACCCAGCAAAA